AUGGAACAAGACACCACACCACGGCGGCGGCAGCACGAGCACGCGCAGCAAUCGCUCGCCGGCGUCGCUGCUUGCUGGGCGCUCGCUGGCUUUGGCAUUGGCAUUGGCAUUGGCUUUGGCAUUGGCUUUGGCUUUGGCUUCGGCAUUGGCAUGCAGACUCGCACCAAUGUCCCCAACUGCAUUCUUUGUCCGACACCGUUGUCGUGGCUCGUCGUCCCAGCGCUGCUGAUUUGCAAACCAAGACGCGUCUCGAGGGACGCUGCUCCGGUCCUUAUAAAGCCGCCGCUUCGUCGGCUCAACGACAAAAGAUUCUCUCGUCCUCAUCACCAAGCAGCAAGGCCUCGAUUCCACUCCUUCACCCAGCCCCCGAGCGCUCCCCCGUCACUCCUUUGA